CACUGUGUUUACAUAUGUUUCGCUAAUAGUUUCAAUUAUUGUUAAGACAAAUAUUUUAAUCAAAAGACAACUAAAAUGGCCCUUAAUGGGUUUCUCGAAUUCUUUCAUAAGGGAAAUGUGUGUACUUUCAGGCCGAAAAAGAGAUUCACGGCUGGCACCAUUCGCUAUUCGUUGCACAAACAGGCCCAGGCCAGCCUACAGUCCGGCAUCAAUUUGCGGCAAGUGGUGCGGCUGCCGGAAGGCGAGAAUAUGAAUGACUGGUUGGCGGUGCACGUCGUUGACUUUUUCAACCGCAUCAAUCUGAUUUACGGCACCGUUUCCGAGUACUGCAAUGAAACAACAUGUCCCACAAUGUCAGGUGGCUCGCGAUAUGAGUAUUUAUGGGCUGAUGGAGAUCUAUAUAAGAAACCCACUGCGCUGCCUGCACAGAAAUAUAUUGAGCUGCUCAUGGACUGGAUUGAGACGCAGAUUAACAACGAAGCCGUUUUUCCCGUUUCCACUGAUGUUCCUUUCCCAAAAACGUUUGUGUCACUUAGUCGCAAGAUUUUAACAAGAUUAUUUCGCGUCUUUGUCCAUGUCUACAUUCAUCACUUUGAUAGGAUCGUCACUAUCGGCGCCGAAGCGCAUGUGAAUGCUUGCUAUAAGCAUUUUUAUUACUUUGUGCAGGAAUUUGAACUGAUAUCGAGCAAGGAAUUGGAACCACUACAGGAAAUGACGUCAAGAAUAUGCAAAGAUAGAGAUUAAAAGUUCUGCAAGCAUAAAACUACAAUUAUAGCUCUUAUAGCUUCGAAUCUCAAGUCAUAAUUAUAUGUUGCUUUUAACUAUAGUAUCAGAUUAUAUGUAUGUGCAUGUAUUGUAUGUUAGUUAUAAGUCUGUGAUGUCAAAGCGUACACCAUUAAACAGAAACAGAAAAUGCUCGAAUGCCUUCAAAAAACCCCAAAA